CUCGUUCUCGCAGAGAUUCUUCAACCUCAUCACCAUGGCUCCUUCACCCCUGCCUUCGAAUUUGUUCUCUGCUUCAUCUUCAUAUUCUUCUCAAUCUUUCUACUUGAUCACAUUUCACUCACAACCCCAUUGUUCAAACAGAUUUCGAGGUCAAAAAUUGAAAAUUUCUUGCACAAAAUCCGUUCAACACGAAACCAACCCUGUAAAGAAGAAGAGAAAACCCAGGCCAAGCUUUAUUGAAAAAAUUCAAGAUAAAUGGUCCCUCAAAAUCCCUUCUUUAAGAGAGAAAUUCCCUUGGGAAGAACAUAAACAAGAGAGUGAUGAUUCGAUUCAGGAUUAUGAAGAACAUCUGCUGCCGUUAUCUGAGGGUGUCGUUACUGUGACAGUAAGUGAGGAUAAUACUUCUGGGGAUAGCUCUGCGAGCUCUAGUUCAAGAAAUAAGUCGAUUUUAGCUCCUUGGGUUCAUGGAAAUAAACCAAGGAAGGACUUGCCUGAUUCUCAAGCUACAGAAAAAAUUCAAGAAGAAAGUAAUCAUAGAGGGCAAAACCUUGAUGGGUUUUCUGAGCAUUGUAAAAAUGAUGAAGCUUUUGGUAGUGUUGUUGAAGACUCUGGGGAUUUGAUAAAGGGAGUUAAAUUAGAUUGCAAUUGUGAUGAAACAAGUGGCAAGGUUGAUACUAUCCCUAUAGGAUUAUCAGAAAAAUAUGAGAUUUUGAUUGAAGACGAGAGUGAAGAUGCCUUUUUUGUGGAGGAUUCACGGAGCAUUUCUCAAGAAUUCAGCAGUAAAAAAGGAUCAGAUGAUGUUAGUGAUUCUAUGAGAUUACCAUGGCAGAGAGGAACUAAUGAGGACCCUGUGAAAGAGGAGAAGUUAAGGAAGAGUAAUACAGAGUUGGCAGAAAAAUUGAUACCGGAACCUGAACUGAAGAGGCUUAGAAAUGUGGCAUUGAGGAUGGUAGAGAGAAUGAAAGUCGGGGCAGCGGGAAUAACACAAGCAUUAACCGAUGCAAUCCACGCGAAAUGGAAGGACGAGGAAAUCGUAAAAUUGAAAUUUGAAGGGCCUCCUUCAAAGAACAUGAAGAGGACACAUGAGAUUCUUGAGGCUAGAACUGGAGGUUUGGUUAUAUGGAGAUCAGGAAGUUCGGUAGUUCUAUACAGAGGAAUGUCUUACCAACUUGAUUGUGUGCAAGCAUAUAGUAAACGUAUUCAAGCUGAUAUUGAGGCUAGAUCUUCGUCAGAUUCUGUUAAUGAUGUUACUCAAUGCGGUAACGUGAAACUGUUAUCUGGAGCUGCAGAAUCAUCUCAAAAUUAUACUUCUAAGUAUUUGAAUGGUCUAUCUGAAGAGGAGCUAAUGGAUCUAAGUGAGCUCAACCUUCUUUUAGACGAGCUUGGUCCAAGGUUCAUGGAUUGGUCAGGUCCGGAACCACUGCCUGUUGAUGCAGACUUGCUGCCUGCUGUCGUUCCAGGAUAUAGACCCCCAUUUAGACUACUUCCCAAUGGGGUUAGACAAGCAUUACGGAACAAAGAAAUGACAUAUUUUCGCAGAACUGCCAGAAAAAUGCUUCCACAUUUUGCCCUCGGAAGAAACAGAGAAUUGCAAGGUCUUGCUAUGGCCAUGGUGAAGUUAUGGAAGAAGAGUGCUAUUGCAAAGAUAGCCAUCAAACGCGGUGUACAAAAUACUUUGAAUGAAAGGAUGGCGGAAGAACUUAAGAUAUUAACUGGAGGAACAUUACUUUCCAGGAACAAGGACUAUAUUGUCUUUUACAGGGGUAAUGACUUCUUGCCACCUGGUAUUUCAUAUGCACUGGUAGAAGUAGAGAAACGUGUAGCAGUCCAACAGGACGACGAAGAACGAGCAAGGCAGAAAGCAGCGACAUCUAUUAUUUCAUAUUCCGAAGCAGCUAAGCAGCCUUUAGUUGCAGGGACCCUUGCUGAGACAACAGCCGCUACCUCACGAUGGGGAAAAGAGCCAAGCAGUGCAGAAAUAGAGAAAAUGAUGAGAGAUUCGGCUAUAGCUAGACGUGCUUCUUUGGUCAAGUUUCUUGAGAGGAAGCUAGCCCUUGCAAGCGGGAAGAUCAGAAAGGCUGAGAAGGCUUUAAUGAAACUACAGGGAAGUCUGGAACCCUCGGAGCUACCAACUGAUUUAGAAACCUUAAGUGACGAGGAGAGGUUUUUGUUUCGUAAGAUUGGUCUGAGCAUGAAACCUUAUUUGCUUCUAGGGAGGCGAGAAGUUUUUGAUGGCACUAUAGAAAAUAUGCACUUACAUUGGAAGUAUCGAGAGUUGGUAAAGAUACUUGUAGACCGAAAAACAUUUUCACAAGUCAAGCAUAUUGCAGUUUCUCUUGAGGCUGAGAGUGGUGGGGUGUUAGUUUCCGUAGACAAAACUGCCAAGGGCUAUGCUGUGAUAGUCUAUCGUGGAAAGAAUUACCAACGCCCUAGUGCAUUUAGGCCCAAAAAUCUUCUGACAAAAAGGCAGGCAUUAGCCCGCUCGAUUGAACUUCAGAGACGUGAGGGACUAAAGCACCAUAUUUCAGACCUGCAAGAGAAAAUGGAGAAGCUAAAGCUUGAGCUAGAAAAUAUGAAGACCGUAAGUGAAAUUGAUGAAGUGACCUUGUACUCAAGAAUAAAUAAUGCGUCUGAUGAGGAUAUGGAAGGGGAUGAAGAUCAAAGGGCGUACCUUCACACAAAUUACAGCAGUAAGGACAGCAGCGCAUGAAAAUAACUCGUCCCUUAGCAAGAGGGUUGAAAUAUUUGCUGACUGAGGAAGAUCAAGAAUCUUAGCCAACUAGAGGAGUACUCAAGGUGUUUCACCUGGCAUGGAAUUGAUGGUCAGGAUCUCAUAUACAUAAAGAUCUUCGCUCAUCAGCUUCUCCACUGUCAUAUAAGUUGUAUACCGGUAUCUUUCAUGGAUCCUCUUGUUUCAAUAAUUGAUAGUCGGACCUGUAAAUAGAUCGAUGCAACUGAAAGCAUAUUGCUUCUUGGUUUCUAACUAAAGAUAUUCUUGUCAUGUUCAUAGAAUGCUAGAGCACAUUGGUUUUAUUUCAUUAACCAGAAGAGAGUUAAACCAUUA